AUGACAGAGCUCCACGAAGCUGUGGCUUUGGGGGACUACGACCUGGUGGAUGAGAUUUUGAGGACAGGACACUGUGACCCAAAUCACAAGGAUGCUGACUGGCAUGACAGGACCCCACUGCACUGGGCUGCUGCAAAAGGGCAAUCAGAGCUGGUCAAGCUCCUCGUGGAUCAUGGUGCCCGGCAUUGCCUGCGGAGUGAUGUGGGCUGGACUGCGGCUCACUUUGCUGCUGAGUCGGGGAGACUGGGAGUGCUUCGCACCCUUCAUUCCCUGCACGCUGCCAUGGACGCAGCUGACCUCUAUGGCGACACUCCCAAGAGGCUUGCGGAAAUCUACGGUCACCGAGACUGCACCAGGUUCUUAGAAAGAGCAGAGGUGGAGAGCAGAAACUAUCGCAGGACAGCUGCAAUGAAAGGAAUCCCCUUAGACCAGACAGAUGAAGACUGGGAACUCAAGAAAGAAGAGCUUAAGAGAAACCCACCAUGUCCACAGGAGAACUACACAUCCCCUGCUCAAAAGAAAAAUAAAACAAAAAGGGGGAAGAAGUAG